AAUAUACUUAUUUAUAUAUUAUUUCUAAUGCCUAAUAUAAAAACUUCCAAAUGAUUAUCUAAACAUCACACAUUUCAACAUCAAAAUUCAAAAAUCGUUAGUCUGCCCUAUUUAUCCACGCGCCAUUUCACGCGCCACCGUUGAAAACUCACCGGCGAUGGAGCAUCCAAACGGUGCGGAGCAGAAGAGUAAUUCGGGUCAGGAGUCGGAUCGUGUUCAAAAACCGGAUCCGAAAUCCGAUCCGGAACAAACUGAAAGUACCAAUGAGAGUAGUAAAUCGGAGAAGUUGAGGAAAUCGGUGAGGUGGAGCGAGGAAUUGGUAGACGAAUCGCCGGCGCCGGCGCCGAUGCGAUCUGUGCCGUCCGACGAACGUGGAUCGAAUCCUUAUAUAGCUUAUUCACCUGCUCCGGAAAACAAUUCCUCUUCGUUUAAUAUGAAAGAAACAAUGGAGAGCGUCAAAGGUGUGCUUGGUAGAUGGGGGAAGAAGGUUGGUGAAGCAACUAAGAAAGCUGAGGAUCUUGCUGGCAACACAUGGCAACAUUUGAAAACGGGCCCUAGCCUUGCUGAUGCCGCAUUGGGAAGAAUUGCUCAGGGAACGAAGGUUCUGGCAGAAGGUGGCUAUGAUAAGAUAUUUCGGCAAACAUUUGAGACUGUUCCUGAGGAGCAACUUCAGAAUUCAUUUGCAUGUUACCUGUCCACAUCAGCUGGUCCAGUUAUGGGCGUAUUAUAUGUCUCCACAGCUAAGCUUGCCUUUUGUAGCGAUAACCCUCUCUCCUACAAAGCCGAAGAUAAGACCGAGUGGAGCUAUUAUAAGGUAGUUAUCCCAUUACAUCAGCUUAAGGCAAUUAAUUCUUCGUCAAGCAGGACUAAUCCAUCUGAAAAAUAUAUCCAGACUAUAUCAGUCGAUAACCACGAAUUUUGGUUUAUGGGAUUUCUAAAUUACACCGGUGCAGUGGAUUGCCUGCAGGAGGCAUUACAAGCACGCAACUUACAAUCUGUGUGAGUCUCUGUUGUUGGUCUUAAUUUGCGCUGAGAGGGCGCGAUUCAUGAUACAGAAAGGUGGAUUUCCCUAAAGUUCCAUCCGAUCGCCGUUGAAGAUUCUGAAGAUAAAUUAUUAGAAAGAAACAAGAAGUACUUGUCUGCCUAAACGAAACUUCUCUGAUAUCCUUCGAGGUGAACUCUGAUAUCACUUUCGGUAGAUACAACGUUAAAUGAACUGCUUCCUGUCUCUAGUAUCUGUUGUAUUGUAUAACAUUGAUCGAUGAACGAGCCUAAGAAUGUGAGGCACUUAUAACAGCACCUACACCUUUUGUUCUGCUACAUUAAGCUUGUUUUACCGUA